GCAACCUCAUCAUCUCAACCUCACAACACUCAACUUACAGCACCAGGACAACGUCGGCUCACCAUGUCUGCCGAGCCGCCGAUACUCAUCCUCGACGGCGGCCUCGGCACCUCGCUCGAGCGCUCCUACGGCUGCGUCUUCACGCCCGCCACGCCCCUCUGGUCAUCGCACCUGCUCGUCUCCGACCCGUCCCUGCUGCAGCGCUGCCAGGCCGACUUUGCGCGCGGCGUCCCCGUCGACGUGCUCCUCACCGCCACCUACCAGUUCUCCGUCGCCGGCUUCGCGGGCACCAGGACGCCAGACCACCCGCGCGGCAUCCCCAGGCCCGACAUCCCGCGCUUCGUCGAGGCGGCCGUCCGCGUCGCGGAGCAGGCGCGCGGGAUGCCGCGACAUGAGGGCGGCCAUGCACGCCUGGCGCUGAGCCUCGGCCCGUACGGCGCGUGCAUGAUCCCGAGUCAGGAAUACAGCGGCCGGUACGACGCGGAGCAUGAUGCCGAGGACGCGCUGCGCGAGUGGCACGCCGACCGCAUGCGGCUCUUCGGCGGCGUCGCCGACUUGGCUUCGCGGAUCCAGUACGUCGCGCUGGAGACGAUACCACGCGUGGACGAGAUCCGCGCCCUGCGCAGGGCCAUCGGCGCGGUGCCGGAGCUGGCGCGCCGGCCGUUCUGGAUGAGCUGCCUGUUUCCGCACGCCGCCGACGACGACACCCUCCCCGACGGGUCGUCGGCCGAGGAAGCCGUCCGCGCGAUGCUCGACCCGGGCGUGGCGUCCGCCCGGCCGUGGGGCGUGGGCAUCAACUGCACAAAGGUAUGGAAGCUCGACGCCCUGCUGCGGCGUUACGAGGCCGCCGUCGCGGGCCUGCUCUCCGACGGCCUCAUCGAGGCGUGGCCAGCGCUGGUGCUGUACCCAGACGGCACAAACGGCGAGGUGUACAACACGGCCACGCAGAAAUGGGAGCUGCCCGAGGAUGCAAAGGGCGAGAGCCGGGAAACGUGGGAGGACCAGCUCAGGGACGCCGUGCUCGGCACUCAGCAAAGAGGAGCAUGGCGCCAGAUCAUCGUGGGCGGGUGCUGCAUGGCCGGCGCAGACGACAUCAAACGCCUUCGUCACGCGUUGCUAGGCAAGUGAAAACACAUUCAGAUACCCAGUCCGCUCACGUCUGCACUCGUCUCCCUUCCAGCCAUCAACUCCGCCAUGACUUUACCCGUCCUCAGCGACAAGGAGAUCCCCCACGGCCCAUGCCCUGCUGCCACGAAGACGCCUCCCUCGCCGCCCCCGCGUGUCUUCACACCCAGCUGCUCGUCCUUCAGCCGUCUCACAUACGGCACUCCACGGUCCGUGACGGGGCGGAAGCACAGUCCCUCUCGCACCACCUCCAGCUCCUGCUCCUGCUCCUCCUCCUCCUUCUCCCCGGGCGGCAGGGCGAUAAGCCGCCGCGCCAAGUCCUUCAACUUUGCCAGCGACGCCCCGUCCGGUUGCGCAUCCGUGGGCAGCAGCGCCGAUGGCGUGCUCGAUGAGUUUACGCCCGACACGUAGAUAACACCGUUCGCCCGCGCAAAGAGCUCCAGCGCGAGACCCCUCGUCGCGGAGCGUGCAAAACAGCGAAAAUGCGACUCGUCGCCGAGCCUGAACCUGGGCGUCCGCACGACCAGCGAGUGGCCGGCCAGCGGCUUGAUAUGAACGGGCGGCGGCCGCGACGACCUGAUGAGGGGGAACAAGGACGAGAGAAUACGCCGCGUCCAGGCGCCGGCACACAGCAGCAGGCGCGUGGCGGGCGUCUCUGUCUCGGUGGAGGAGCUGGCGUACCCGAUGGUGACGCUUGCGAGCUCGUCGCGGACGUCGGUCGCCAUGGAGAGGACCGCGGGCUGGGUGGUGGACAUGGACGCCGGCCGCUUUGACAUGCUCGAGGACGAACUCGCACAACUUCAACGGGUCCCUGUUCCCUUGUAGCAUACAUACACCUCGUCUUCCCUAUAAACGAAUGUGCCUACACCAGAGCCGUCCCGUCGCCGCCAUCCAUGACCGUCACCGCAUCGCCCUCCCUCAUCCUCCAUCAAGGAGGUGCCCGGCCCCUCCAGCUCUGACUCCCACCCACAACGCUCGCCCUGCCCCUUCCCUCACGCAGCCAAUCGCCCUGUCCCUCACCAUCACCAUUCCAAUUACUCACCCUCACCUUACUCCGCGACUCGUAGCCCAGCGUCACGGUCCUCGUGUAGCCCCAUCUCUCCGCGCCGCCAUGCUCGCGUGCCAACUCGGCAUGCUCCUUGUAGCUCAAGGCGCGCCCAGCGAGUCUGGGGUCGAACCAGUCCCCUCGCGAUGAAGCCGCCUGCGUAGCCUGACGCCGAGGCGAAGAGCCGUGGGUGGGGAACGCGUCCACGAGGUGGAUGGACGAGCCCGGCUGCUGGCG